AUGGACCGUAAAGAAGAAAUCAUAGAGCCCCUUGGAAGCUGCUAUUCCUUACUUCCCGCUACUUUUGAGCUGAUUGUCAAGUUUUUUGAUACUGGUGACGAGCAGUUAGCUCAAAUCACUUAUCAGACUGUUGGAUGUGCCGUACGCCAUGUUGGUGCGCCUGCUGUGCUAGCAGUAAUACCACUGGACAUAGAUCCGAAUGCUGCGGUUCUCAGCACCGAGUUCACUCGUUCCUGGCUGAUUCCGGUACUUCGAGUUAACUUACACAAUGCUCCACUCGCUUACUUUGCUUCUCACAUUCUUCCCAUUGCCGUAAAGAUAUAUAGACUUGGAACGCUCGAUCCUGUCCCGCAGCGGCUGUACACCACUUUGCAGAUGCAGCUAUGGGAGUUGUUGCCUGCAUUCUGCGACUCGCCAUCAGAUCUGGAAGAGUCCUUCCCUCACCUUGCUCCUGUUCUUGGCGCAGCCAUGAAUGAGAGAGAUGACCUUAAGCUGACUAUCCUUUCCGCUUUACGACGCAUAGUGAGAUUUGCAUUGCAGCCUGAUGCCCCAGAACGCGUUGAGGUCUAUUUUCUUUCAUUCUGAUA